CAUCUUUUUGGCGCGAAAAAAGCAGUCUGGUCCCGCCCGCCUUCGCACCAAGACGCCGAGAUUCUACUUCCUUGGAACAGUGGCACAUCUAGGCAAAUAUAAGGCCAUGGCCAGCGUGACGCGCAUCAUUUUCCUCCUGAUGGCGGCGGCGCUGCUGCCGACGCUUCCUCCGGCCGACGGCUGGGACGACCCGGACAGCGUCGAUCCGGAAAUCCCCGAUCGACAAUACCUGCUCGGGGCGGAUUCCGAUGACGAGUCGGAGUCGACGAGCGGAUGGGAUACGAACGACUUCAUGGACAGCGACUCAGAAUACGCCAGCGACUACGCCAGCGAUUUUGAGGACAGCGGCCAAUUCUUCGAUGACAAUGGCCGUGGCCUGAACUUAGAGGAAUUCGACGAGAAUGACCAGGGCCAUCGCUUAGUGGAAUUCAACGACGAACAAAACAACAAAAGCGUUGUGAAAAUCGGCGAGAAAAACAAAGUCAAGUGUGAUGAUCCUUUAUGCGCCAACGACGAUCAAGAGAAGUCGACCAAGGACUACUGCCUCUCAGAAGCCGAAAACCCGUACCCGGGGCACGCCACCAUGACGGCCUACAACAUGGCGCGCACAAACAACCUGACCGCCGACAAACUGGCUCCGGAAGGUGUGUCGUACGCUAACUUAGAUGCCAUUGGAGGUGAACCGGAUCAUGGUACGGAUCAAGGACUUUUUAAAGGGAAUCAUUAG